UGAAUGCGGGUGGGAAAAAAUAACGCGAUCCGCUCACUUGGACUUGAAGUAACGUCGGUGCGCCGCGUACCUUGCCAAAAUUUCAAAAUAUUCAGCCUCGCUGUCUCUGUCAACAUGAUGUGCGACACCACAAACAGAAGUUUUCGGACGCAGCUAGCCGCUAUUCUGGAAAAAUUAACAAAAGCGGCUUUGGUGGAAAUUAGCAACCUCGCAGACGAAUGCUCCUCCGUCCUCCACACCGAAAUAUCCCAACACAAGACGGAGAACGAGGCGCUGAAGAAGAAAUGUUACUCACUGGAGGUCCAGCUGAGAGCCGCCAGGGAGGCACAGCACUAUGCCGGCAAUGUCAACAGUGUCAGCCGCCGGCAGACUGGAUGCCAGGGUCUGGGCAAAUUUGGACCAGAACAGCAGCAGCCUGCCCCGGCCAUCGAGGGCGUCUUUGGGAAAGACUGGUGCAUGAACUUAUGGCGAGAUGAGAAACUCCCCCCCCACAGGAAAAUGGAGGCUGCUGCUUUGAGAGACUGCCAAGGAAACCAAGACUCUGCUCAGGUAAUAGACCUGAUGGAUGGAGAGCCUGAUCUCAUCUUUGUCAAAGAGGAGGCAUACGACGAACAGCCAACUGGACAAGAGAUGAGGCUCCCAGGUGUUGGAACUUUUCAGGAAGACGCUGCACUUCAUCGAGCUGUCAGUGAGCUACAGCUUCACCCCGGAGACUUAAAUAACUUUCCAAUGACAGAUGGCACUCAGACACAACAAGGCACACAGCCAACACUUAUGGACAACUUAAUAGAAAACGCAACACUAGGCACUGUGGUUGACAAUGCAAAUCCUGCCUCAACUACCGGCGAAUACCCAGACUAUAUGAACAACGUCCACAUGAACACAACCAAAGAACCAGCCGUCCAGCUGAAACCUGUGAAGCCGUCGAAACGGUUUGAGUGCUUAUUCUGUGGGAAGGUGUUCAACUAUUUGAGCAGUUUAAAAGUCCACAUCAGGCGGCACUCUGGAGAGAAACCGUUCAGCUGCACUGUGUGCGGCAAGCGGUUCGCUCAAAAAACAUAUCUGAAACUGCACCAGCGCGUACACUCGGGGGAGAAGCCAUACAGUUGUUCCGAGUGUGGCAAAAGCUUUUCUCAGAAAAGCUCUCUGAACAUACAUGUGCGAACACACACAGGGGAAAAGCCCUACAGCUGUGUGGACUGUGGGAAGAGUUAUGCCUACAAGUAUGGUUUUAAUCAGCAUCAGUGUUUUAAUUGAUCAGUUAAACUUAAUUUUGCUUGGUUGUUGAUACUUCUAGCUACAACCAGGACUGAGGAAUUUUUCCCUGAAGUGCUCUCUGUAGUGAGUACUUCAAAUUGUGCCGGUUUGCCUAUAAAAGACUCAAAGUGAAGGAGAAAUGUUGAUUUCAACUAUUCACAGUGAACAUAAAGGCCAGCUAUAUCAUAUCAAAGCAUGUUUUAUUGACAGACAUGUUUUCCAUUUAUGAGAUAAACAUAUGUUCUGUACAAAUUUCUAAUGUAAGAAUUGUUGUCAAUGAUGUGUUAUUCAUCCAACACCAUCUGGAGCUGAUUUCUGGCUUCACUGCUGCAGUGACAAAUGCAGCAACAGCACAAACAAGGAUACAGUCUGAGCAUUGCUUGCUAGUGUGCAGAUUGGUCAAUUUGAUUUGAUGGUUACAUAAGAACCUUUAUUGGAGGGCAUUGCCAAAUUUUACUAUGCUCUUGAGGCCUUUUAAGUCAAUUUUGAACUGAUAGGAAGGAAAGUGCAAUAUAAGUUUGCAGCAACUCCAAAACAGCCUAAUUUUGUGGAGGUUUUCAGUCAUUGUCAUUAUAGAGAGGAGGUAGUAGAGGAAGCAAAAAAAAAAAAAAUCGGAAUUAAAAAAACCAUUCAUUUUCAAGUCAACGCUUGUCUACACAGCAUAUGUUUAUGUUGGAUAAGGGUGCCUUCUUUUGCACACUUGUAGCAUAAAUCUACUUUGAAUUAAAUCUACCACUUCACAUCUGAUGUGAAGUAAAACUAGUUUUAGCAUUGGUUCACUCGCCACACCACACUACCAUUACACAUCAUUUAUUGGUCAUUCUCAAUUUCUUGGUUAUUAGCCUACUGCAAAAUUUGGUCUAUCUCUUUGAAAAACAUGACUGUUAUCCAUAAAUGCUGAUAUGAAAUGAUUACAUGUUCAAUGAGUCAAGUGUUUCAGAAUCCAUUCUGGACUAAGUAACAUCUGUAUUCCUGUGUCAAUACUGUAGCUAGACAAUGUAUUGUCUAUGGUGACCAAGCUGUGUUAAAGUACCUUUAGUGUGAACUGUAAAGAAAACUUGAGUUCAGAAAUCAUAAGUUGUUUUUCCACAGAAAUGUCUGUCUGUUUGAAAUGUGUGCAGUCCUUUUU